AUGAAAAAAGACGGCAUUCAAACACGCAAUCGAAAGGUCUCCCAAAAGUCCAAGAAGUGUAGGUCUAGUGGCGGCUUCUCAGAGCUGGAGGAAUUGAGUUUGGACUACCUGAUUAAGCCUACUUUGAGCCACCUUACGGCAGCCAGUCACUUGGCUGCAGCGGCCGGGUAUCAUCCUCACAAAAUGGCUGACUAUAUGUCCUCUUAUCUGGACGGGGUUUCUUCAGCCUACACCCUCUCUUCCGCCUCCUCCACCGGCUACCCUCCUGUUGAGAGCGCUGCAGCAGUUGCAUCUGCAGCCAUGGUAGCCAUGGGAGGGAGUCAAUCCUCACCUUAUGCUAUGUCGCAACCAACAGGAUUCUCGUUAGCUUAUCCCAACCACUCUCAUCCCCAUCAAUUGCAACAUCAGACGUCAUAUAGAACUCCUAAUGAAUCAGCUACCACAACAUCCGCAUACUUCAGUGAUUCAGGUUUCCAUCAAACCGGUGGUGUCAGUGGUGCCUACUCUAUAUUUGAUGGGCACCAAUUUACUAAGACACCAUUUCCGCGGCCCUUCUUCCAGGGUCAACCUGAUACUUCUACAGGAGGUGAAGAGCCAACAGCAGAGGUGGCGCAGUAUCAGACAAGGUUCAUGGCUGAAAGAACAGGAUAUGAGGAAGAAGUGAGAAUGUAUCCCAACACCACAUCUACGCCUGUAUUCUCACAGGAAUCGCAAGUGGCUACUGCAGCUCCUGCGACUCCCUCCUCAAACAUUACUAAUUACAUUUCAGCAACACGACUGGGUAAGCAGGAGGCGGAUGUGACACCUUCAAAUGAGAAUGCAACGGCCCCCCCAAUGUAUUAA